CUCCUUUUUCUCCCAACUCCGGGUUUCUUUCUCCUCCAAAGCAUAAGCCACCACCAAGCAAGUCCUUAGAUAAUAAUAAUAACAACAAGCCUAAUGAUAACGGGACAGCCAUCAUUGUAGGAGUUGCUGCUGCAGGAGGUCUAUUACUUCUUGUCAUGUUAGUUUUCCUUAUAUCAUGUUGUAAACGCAAAAGGAGAAGGCCACGCGACCAAAUGGGCUACUACAGGGACAAUUCUCAUGGAGGCAAUAGUACUGACUACUAUAACAGUGGACCAUAUGGGAAUUGGCACAACAACAACAAUAUUCAAUCAACGGAUCAUAUGGUGAAAAUGCCUAAUCCUCAAGCACCGAGUACUAACGUAAGUUCAGAACUGAGUUGGCCAAUAGCACCUCCACCACCACCACCAAUGAUGAGUAGCAGUGAAUUAAGCUCAGCUGCUUUCUCUGGUCCGCAACAACCUCCAUUGCCACCCCCACACCCAUCAAUGGCUCUUGGUUUUAACCAAAGUAGUUUUACAUACGAUGACUUAUCUACCGCAACUGGAGGAUUUGUUAAGUCUAAUCUAUUGGGACAAGGUGGUUUUGGCUUUGUACAUAAAGGGGUCUUGCCUAAUGGUAAGGAUAUAGCUGUCAAAAGUCUAAAAGCUAAUAGUGGACAAGGUGAACGAGAAUUUCAAGCUGAAGUUGAAAUUAUUAGUCGUGUACAUCAUCGACAUCUUGUCUCUUUAGUCGGUUAUUGCAUUGCUGGAUCUCAAAGGUUGUUGGUAUAUGAGUUUGUUCCUAAUGGCACUCUUGAGUAUCACCUUCAUGGAACUGGUCGCCCUGUUAUGGACUUCCCUACUAGGCUUAAAAUUGCAUUAGGAUCUGCCAAAGGCUUCGCGUACCUUCAUGAAGAUUGCCACCCUCGUAUUAUUCACAGAGACAUUAAAGCUGCUAAUAUUUUACUGGACCAUAACUGUGAAGCUAAGGUUGCUGAUUUUGGAUUAGCUAAACUUUCCAACGACACUAAUACACAUGUUUCUACGCGUAUCAUGGGCACUUUUGGGUACUUAGCACCAGAAUACGCUUCAAGUGGCAAGCUAACUGAAAAGUCUGACGUCUAUUCUUAUGGUGUUAUGCUGUUGGAACUUAUAACUGGGCGUCGUCCUAUAGACAUCAGCAGUGAUGAUGAUACUUUAGUGGAAUGGGCUAGGCCAAUUCUGAUUCGUGCAACAGAGGGUGGAAACUACGAUGAAUUAAUAGAUCCACGUUUGGAAGGAAAUUUUGAUGCCCAAGAGAUGCUAUGUAUGGUAGCUUGUGCUGCUGCAUCCAUCAGACAUUCAGCAAGAAGACGUCCCAAAAUGAGUCAGAUUGUACGUGCUUUAGAAGGUGAUGUGUCUCUGGAUGAUUUAAAUGAGGGAAUGAAGAAGUCCCCGAGUACUGCAAUGUUUGGUUCUAGUGAAAGUUCUGAAUACGAUGGAGGUUCAUAUGACCUUAAGAAAUUCAAGAAAUCUGGAAUGUCGAGUCAAGAAUUCACAAGCAGUGAACAUGGUACCGGUGAAUUUGUCCAUUCCGGUGGUGAAUCUCAAGAACAUGGGCAGAAAAGGCACACCCCUUAAGGAAAAUGGAUCAUACCUUCAACUUCUGAUGGAUCUAUAAGUAAUAAUUACACACAUUUGUUGGGCUUACAAGGAUGCUUUAGGCAUUAAAAACUAGUUUUAUGGGGGAAAUAUAAU